AUGGCGGAGGCUGCAGCCAAAACUGUGUGGAAGAUCAGCCAGGGGCAUCUGGAAUGUCCGAUCUGUUGCUGUCUUUUCAAGGAUCCCAAGAUGCUGGACUGUCUACACAGCUUUUGCCUGAAGUGUCUGGAAGAGAUGAUGAGCAAACAGAAGCCAGGGGCAGAGAAGAUAACAUGUCCAGUCUGCAGGAGAGAGACGCAAGUUCCUGAUGGAGGAUUGCAGAGUCUAUCUUCAUCUUUCUUUCUUAGUUCUCUUGUCGAUGAGGUCAAACAACAGGAGGAGGUGUUGGGAGAAGCAUCGAUACCUACCGCCACAUGUGACUGUGGAGAAGGCAAGGAGGUCAUUUGGAGGUGUCUUGAUUGUAGUGAUAACUUCUGUCAAGAAUGCCGGAAAGCACACGGGAGGUUCAAGUCAACCAAAGGCCAUCAAAUCAUUUCAUUGGGAGAUUGGCAGGAAUCAAAGAUGCCUCCAGCAGAACAUAUCAAACCCAUCACCCGAAUGUGUACGACCCACACUGACCAUCCUCUGUGUUUGUACUGUGAUACUUGCGACACCUUAAUUUGCUCAAUGUGUGCCGCAUUUGAUCAUCGGUCGGCAGAGCACAAUUUCCUAAAGAUUGAUGACACUAUCGGGUCCUUCCGCCUUGACGUUGAUAUCAUACUGCAGAAGUUCGAGAAGUGCAGGCAGCGCUUCAAAUCUACUGAAAACUCAAUCGAACGUGCACGAAAUAGAUUGCAAAAGAAACUUGCUCAGGCUCGUAGUGAUAUUUCUGCUCAAGAAGAGGCAGAGAUCGCUAAAAUCAGAAAAAAAGCAAAGCUUCUCACCAAAAAUGUCGACAAAAUCGGUCAGGAGAGAGACAGCGAGUACGAAAAGGUGCUCAUGCACAACCGUGACCAGAUGGAACGCGCAGAUCAGACCAUCAGGGCCGUAAAGGACUUGAUGAGUCAAGCCGAUGAUUUCGAUCUUUUGGAGCUCAAGCCGAAGGUGAUGCAUAACUUGGAAUUCCAUAAGGAGCUCAACUUUAAACCGGCGAAUCAUGGUCCGUCGUUCAUCGGGGUCAAAUGUCAAGACGUUGUGAGUGAUGCAGAUCUUGGUGAGGUCUGUGUCAGUGAGAAAUGGCAGUUCAAAGAAGUGUUCGGCGAAGAAUGUUUCGGUGACGUGGAAUUCCAAGGUGCCAGGGGUGUUGCAUGUUUCAGAAACGGGGACAUCGUAGUAAAAGAUACAGAGCUGGAUCGGUUAUCGUUGAUAAGCUCCACUGGGCAAUUCAAAGCAUCGGUUCCUCAAGGAGCCGAUUGUCAUGAGUUGGAAGCCCCUUGGGGCGUUGCGGUGACCGAUGAUGACCUGCUUUUCGUCACGGACAAAAAGAAAGUGAAAGUUUUUGACAUUGAGCUGCAGUUUGUUCGCGAGUUUACACCUUCGGUUGACGAUGCAGAGGGGUUAUUAGAGAGUAAACUCCGUGGUAUUGCUGUGGACAAGCAACGAGUAGCAGUCACUGAUAUAGGGAGAGGGGUCAUUAGUGUCCACAACUUGGACGGAUCGUUGAUUGCAAGCAUCUCAAAUAACAUGGUUGACGUUGACGAUGACUUUGCAAUUAGCAACACCGAUCGGCUCAUUUUCACAAACCACGGGGAGGAGAGGUUGUUGUGCGUUGACUUUAAGGGCAAUGCGUUGUUCAACGUAAUGACCUUACUGAACGGGGAACAAGCGAGGCCGUCUGGUGUUCUGUGCGAUGAUGAUGGGAGCAUCUAUGUCAAAGUUGAAACUGAUGAAUAUGAAGGCGAUGUUGUGCAGAAAUACGACUCUAAUGGUGCAUUCAUAGCAACAGUAGCUCAGGGGUUGUACAGUGCGUUAGGAAUUGCGUUUACACCCACUGGUGACGUAGUUGUCGCAGGCAAAAUCUCUGUCAAAAUUUUUGAGCGAGUAUAAUCUGCUUAUAAAGACAAUCUUGUCCCUCUGGUAGUCACAUGUGUUGCCUGAAACCCCAAAACAUCAACAAGAUGCCUGAAACAAUGUGUUUGCCAAAACAAAUUAUCGUG